AGUAGCAGCAGCAGCAGCAGCAGCAGCAUCAGAGGCGAGGCUGAGGACUCCAGAGAAGACACACACGCGCACACUCAUUGCGGCUUGUUGCUGUUCUUUAACGGGUCGCUUCUUCCCGGUUCCUCCCCUUCCUCCUUCACCUCCUCCUCCUCCUCCCUCCUCCUCUGCUCUCCCGCCGGUAUCGAUCCGUCAGCGGCUGAUCACCGAUCACAUUCACUCCGAGUCGACGCCUGGUGACAGCACACUCAGAAAAGGAAAGGAAAGGAAGGAAAGGAGUCAAGUGGAUUUGUGACGGGAGGGGGGGCCGAGAAGACCACCUCACCUCACCGAGCCGAACCGAACCGAACCGAAGCGGGAGAUGGAGGGCAAAGAGAAGGCACCGGCAGAGCCGCAGUUGAAGGGCAUCGUCACGCGUCUCUUCAGUGAGCAGGGUUUCUUCCUGCAGAUGCAGCCUGAUGGAGCCAUCAGUGGAAACAAGGACGAGAACAGCGACUACACUCUGUUUAACCUGAUCCCCGUGGGUCUGAGGGUCGUGGCGAUGCAGGGCGUGAAGGCGGGACUUUACAUGGCCAUGAACGCAGAGGGAUUCCUCUACACAUCAGAUGUGUUCACAGCAGAAUGUAAGUUUAAGGAGUCAGUGUUCGAGAACUACUACGUCAUCUACUCGUCAACGCUGUACCGGCAGCACGAGUCGGGCCGCGCCUGGUUCCUGGGCCUCAACAAGGAGGGCAUCAUCAUGAAGGGAAACCGAGUGAAGAAGACCAAACCCUGCUCACACUUUGUCCCCAGACCCAUCGAAGUCUGCAUGUAUAAGGAGCCGUCGCUGCACGAGCUUGAAGAGAAGCUGUUGAAAUCAUCACGGAGCCCGACGAUGAACAGCGAGGAGCGUGCAGGGAUCCUAGAGCAACAGAAGGAGCAACCGGAGGACUCCACAGAGCAGGACGGGUCAUAGCCUGCAGCGCCCCCCACAGGAGGAGAAGGCGGAGGCGAACUCCCAUUUUAACACUCCCUCGGUUCAGCAACAACAACAACGACGACAACAACCACACCAACGACAACAACGCCACAGCGACGAUGGCACCGGCGACGACAA